GGCGUGUUCCCAUGCGCAAGGCCAGCGUUGGACGCGCCAAGGCUGGGGAAACCCACCCCGCGCCCAGAACAGGAUAUAAAGAGCCUGGCUGCGGCGGUGGGGGCAGCUCCCGGUUUCGCGCGGGGUAAAGCUCCUUUCGUCUGUCCGCAUCCGUGCCUACUAUCCACCGGACACCUCGAAAAUGGCACCCGUUGGGGGCAAAAAGGCCAAGAGGGGCAUCCUAGAACGUUUAAAUGCUGGAGAAGUUGUGAUUGGAGAUGGAGGGUUUGUCUUUGCACUGGAGAAGAGGGGCUAUGUGAAGGCAGGCCCCUGGACCCCAGAAGCCACAGUGGAACACCCAGAGGCAGUUCGCCAGCUUCAUCGAGAGUUCCUCAGAGCUGGAUCCAAUGUCAUGCAAACCUUCACCUUUUAUGCAAGUGAAGACAAGCUGGAGAACAGGGGAAACUAUGUUGCAGAGAAAAUAUCCGGGCAGAAAGUCAACGAAGCUGCUUGUGACAUUGCCCGGCAAGUGGCUGAUGAGGGAGAUGCUUUGGUGGCAGGAGGUGUGAGCCAGACGCCUUCGUACCUUAGUUGCAAGAGUGAAGCUGAAGUUAAGAAAGUAUUUCAGCAACAGUUAGAGGUCUUUUUGAAGAAGAAUGUGGAUUUCUUGAUUGCAGAGUAUUUUGAACAUGUGGAAGAGGCUGUGUGGGCAGUCGAAGCCUUGAAAGCAUCCGGGAAACCUGUGGCAGCUACCAUGUGCAUCGGCCCAGAGGGAGAUUUGCAUGGCGUCAGCCCUGGCGAGUGUGCAGUGCGCCUUGUUAAAGCAGGAGCUUCCAUCGUUGGCGUGAACUGCCAUUUUGACCCCACAAUUAGUUUACAAACAGUGAAGCUCAUGAAAGAAGGCUUGGAGGCUGCCCGACUGAAAGCCCACCUGAUGAGUCAGCCCUUGGCCUACCACACUCCUGACUGCAACAAGCAGGGAUUUAUUGAUCUACCAGAAUUCCCCUUUGGACUGGAGCCCAGAGUUGCAACAAGAUGGGACAUUCAGAAAUAUGCCAGAGAGGCCUACAAGCUGGGGGUCAGAUACAUUGGUGGGUGCUGUGGAUUUGAGCCCUACCACAUCCGGGCGAUUGCAGAAGAGCUGGCCCCAGAAAGGGGAUUUUUGCCGCCAGCUUCAGAAAAGCAUGGCAGCUGGGGAAGUGGUUUGGAUAUGCACACCAAACCAUGGAUUAGAGCCAGGGCCAGGAAGGAAUACUGGGAGAAUCUUCGGAUAGCCUCGGGCAGGCCAUACAACCCUUCAAUGUCAAAGCCUGAUGCCUGGGGGGUGACCAAAGGAACAGCUGAGCUGAUGCAGCAGAAAGAAGCCACCAGUGAGCAGCAGCUCAGAGAGCUCUUUGAAAAACAGAAAUUCAAAUCUGCACAGUAACCUCAGUGGAAACCAUCUUCAGUGACUUUUAUGUUUGGGCCACAGUUCCCCCAAAUCAGGAAAAGACAGUUUAAAAGCAAUACUUAUGUUAAUGCUAGGCUACACAUAAAACUGGUAGGAGCUGAACAAUACAGAACUAUAAAUAAUAGCACUUGACGAUUUUAAAAGUAUCAUUUAGAAAUUUACUUACAAGCAAAAUAAAUAAGAAGUACAUCUUAAGCAGUUUCCCUUAUACCAAGUAUAAGGUAUUAGGGAAAUCACUGUGGCCAAGGAAAAGUUAUUCAGAUAUUCAUUCCUACUUCAAGAUGUUUGCAGCCUAGUAAGGAGAAUGAGACAGGAGCUGUCAUGACAGAUAAAGUGCUAUAGGGAAGUGACUUCCAAGUCCUUUUGAACAUGACCCUUAGUAAGAAACAAAAGUUAUCGAAUAACCCAGUAAAGCACAUACUAUACAACCACUGAAAUAAAAUGUGAGAUCCAUUUUGGCAUUUUCUAUUCUAUUCCUUUCCAUCCUAUCUCAGUGAUAAAACAUGCUAGUUGCGACCCUACAAAUUGAUUUUAUGACCCAUUAGUGGGUUUUGACCCACGGUUUGAAAAACAACUGUUAUGGAACACUUGAGAUAUGGGGAUUUUGCUAGUUCUUUAAGUUUGUUCUUAGCAAAUCACUCAUGUGGGACCUGAUCAAUAAGUAUCAAAAGACCAGAAUCCUGCUCUCAGAGUUCCAGAGUUGUUCUCUCUCUUUCCUGACCCAUUUCUACUGCUAAAAAAUGUAUAGACCAAUGGGGAGGGGAAAGGAGGCAUCAGUAUCUAGAUUUUCUCCAUCCUGCUCAAAAAUGGAUCCACCUAAAUGCCUUUAGUCAGUAAGGCUGAGGAACAGUGAGUUUGUAUUACAUCGGUUGCUUUAAAAAAGGUAUAAUAGGGGCACCUGGGUGGUUCAGUCAGUUGAGCAUCGGACUUCAGCUCAAGUCAUGAUCUCACAGUUCAUAGGUUCAAGCCCCUCAACCGGCUGUGUGCUGACAGCUCAGAGCCUGGAGUCUGCUUCAGAUUCUGUGUCUCCCUCUCUCUCUGUCCCUCCCUUGCUGGUGCUCUGUCUCUCUCUCUCUCUCUCUCUCCCAAAAAUAAAUGAAUAUUAAAAAAAUUUUUGUAAGUAUAAUAAAGAAAAAAAUAGGGAUUCUCCAAACUCUUAUCCAAGUUGCCUAGAUUGAGAACUCUGAUAUUUUUACAUGAUAACAUCUACUCUCCCAUGAGACCUCACGCCUGAAGAUGCAAGACAUUAGCAUAAACAUGGCUAUUCUCAAUGUAUGAAAAGUUCAUGCUGCUUUCUACACAUUCUUGGGCUAGGUGUUUUGAAAUGUAAUUUCUUCAGCUAUUAAAAAAGAAGAGCAGUGAGACUACCUUGAUUCUUAUUUUCAUUCUCUAAUUUGCUUAAGUUUUAUGUGAAAUUUCUAUGCAUCAGUUUAUUCAUCUAUUUUAAAAAAUAACAACCUUCCUACUUCACAAGUAUUUGAGUUUUAAAGGAGAAGGCAGCAGUAUUU